CGGCCAUUUUGUUUACAACACCGCUUCUGUUGCUGGGUUGAUGAUCGGCAGCGGAGCGCCGCGUUUUUAUUGUUUAGUCUCACGCGGCAGCGUGAUAAAUUACGUCGUCAGUUAAGUCUGCCUGAUUCGCAGUCACGUAAAGAACGAAUCAGUCGACGCGAAGUGGUUUACAUCGCGUGACCGGUUCACAACACCGCCUGAUUCGUCCGGCAUCGUGUAUUGGACGUCGUCGUCGUCAAAAAAAUGCAACGUCCCAUCGACGAAUACCGCCAGCCCUGGGAGAGCAGUGAGCACUGGGAAUUGCGGCGCGAGUUCAUCGUCGCCAACCAGGGUCGGUUCAGCGAGAAUCGGGUUCUGUGCCUGGCGCAGGCGUUCGCCAACGUGGAGCUUCUCGGGUGCACCUACCCAGCGGCCGUGAUGGCUCAGGUGAACGAGUUGGCCAAGAACGUCAGCUCCCUGUCGGUGGUUCAGGAGAAGCGGCGCGAAAACAGCCGCGUCCUCUUCGUCAAGGGCGAAGACGACGCCGCCAAGAGGAGGAAGACUUCGUCGCUGGGCACCUACACCCGCGCGCCACGUUACGACGACCAGUCCAGGAUGCGAGCCGCGUCUUUCUUCCAACGCUAACGCAGACUUCACUCCGUGCAUCUUCUGAGAAGGCAACGAGCCUUGUAGUACCGAGAUGGCGACUCCAUUCCAGGGUUGUGGUUUGCUGCUCAGCUGCACGCGUGACGUUCGUGAGAAUUGCCGGCUAGAAAAAAAAUUGUUGCGUUGUUUUGCGCUACUUACAGUGGUGCCGAAGCUCACCGAUUGUUAUCGGGAGAUUUGAAAGUCUUGUCUCGAUGGUGGGACCAUAGAUUUUGGCCAUAAUGCAGCGUAGCAUGCGCACCUUGUUGAUGCGAGCGUGCCCAUUGUUUCAAGUUUUUUUUUUUUUGUACUUGAAGCAUUGUUCAUAGUUCAUAGAGCAAAUCUUUUAUCAGCGUGCUUUUGCACCCAGCUACGUCAGCGCGGUAACUCUACCGCGGCAUUUUGCUCUUUAAAAAUUUGUAUAUCUAGCUGAAGGACGCAUUACAGUUAUUUUGAAAAUUUAAGUACCAAAUUUUCACCAUAACUGCCACAAGCUUCAAAGUGCAACUUUAGACGUGUUACAAGGUCAGUUUGGCUGCACUGGCUGAACUAAAUUAGAAAUACAAAAAGAAAUUGCUAGCUAGAUAGAUAUGUGGGGUUUAACGUCCCAAAACCACCAUUUGAUUGUAAGAGACGUCGUAGUGGAGGGCUCCAGAAAUUCAGACCACCUGGUGUUCUUUAACGGGAAAUUGCUAGCUUGUGAAAUUGAUUGCACAGCUGACACUUAAGAUGCUGCAAAAUAAAAAAAAUGUAACAACACAGUUUUAAGAAAUUACAAUUUCACUACUACUAAUUCCAUAUCAUUCUGUCUACUGCUGUGCUUUCUUUGUUUCGCGAGGUAAACUGCUUGGUGUUUUUUGCUGCAUUCUGAAACCUUCGGGAUGCUGAGAAAAGGACACCAGCUAAGGUUCUGUUCUGCCCUUAAUUAAACAAAUGCCAGUGAUUAUGCUAACAUUACACCAUCUGAAUUUUUUCGACAAACUUGAGAAUCCUGACUUCUUUUGCAGAUGCAGUGAAGUGCUACCCAUUACCCCUGCUAAUGUGCUAUUCCCUCAAUGCUGUGUCAUGAUGCUUCAACCAAUUGAAGCGGAUGUGUUCCUGGAGUGCUUAGCUUCAAAUUGGUGUUAGAUGUAUGCCAGUCUAUGAUAGGCAAACUUUUUGCCCCAACACAGCAAUCACCAAACUUUAUAUUGCUUUAAUUGAGAGAAUGUGUUUGGAUUGGGAUUCAGUGAUCAUUAUCCUUGAACAUUUCUAUUUCUUUAAAAAGUAUAUCUACACUGUACACCCUUGAGCUAUGCUCAUUUUUCAGUAUGUUCUUUUCCACAAUUGUGCUCUCUAUUGCCAUAAUCAAUGCAAACAUCGCCAUUAAAAUUUUUUCUAACAGAAUAA